CCCGCGUAAUCUCUGGCCAAUCAGCGCGCGCGCCGGCCCGGUGACUUAAACCCGGCUGGACGACACCGGCUCAUCGAAACUUUUCACAUAUAAAGGCACGAUGCGAUUGCAAUUCUUUUCAACACACCAAUCGCCCAUCCUCUUCUCCAAGGUAGCACUCUUAUCUACAACCAACACCCACAGCACCCACAAUGGUCCAACCAUCCGAGCCAGAAUUCGAACAAGCAUUGAACGAGGUUUACUCAACCUUGAAGGCCUCCUCUCUCUUCGAGAAGGAGCCAAAGUACCUGAAGGUGCUCGACGUUGUGCAAAUUCCAGAGCGUAUCAUCCAGUUCAGAGUUGUGUGGGAGAACGACAACCACGAGGUUGAGGUGAACAGAGGUUACAGAGUGCAGUUCAACUCUGCUCUCGGUCCAUACAAGGGAGGUUUGAGAUUCCACCCUACCGUGAACUUGUCUAUCCUCAAGUUCUUGGGUUUCGAGCAGAUCUUCAAGAACGCCCUGACCGGCCUGAACAUUGGUGGUGGUAAGGGUGGUUCCGACUUCAACCCUAAGGGCAGAUCCAACAACGAGAUCAGAAGAUUCUGUUAUGCUUUCAUGAGAGAGCUCUCCAGACACAUUGGUCAGGACACUGAUGUGCCAGCUGGUGACAUCAACGUUGGUGGCCGUGAGAUUGGUUACCUGUUUGGUGCCUACAAGCAGAUCAGAAACUCCUUCGAGGGUGUUUUGACCGGUAAGGGUUUGACCUGGGGUGGUUCUUUGAUCAGACCAGAGGCCACUGGUUUCGGUUUGGUGUACUACGUUGAGCAACAGAUCAAGUACGCCACCAAGGGUAAGGAGGACUUCACCGGCAAGAGAGUUGCCAUCUCCGGUUCCGGUAACGUUGCCCAAUACGCUGCCUUGAAGGUUAUCCAACUCGGUGGUAAGGUUGUCUCUCUCUCCGACUCUAAGGGUACCAUCAUCUCCGAGGAGGGUGUCACUGCUGAGCAAAUUGCUGUCAUUGGUAAGGCUAAGAUUGCCUUCAAGUCUCUUGAGGAGAUCAUCAAGGACCCAGCCUUCGAGACUCACCCAGUUAAGUACAUUGCCGGUGCCAGACCAUGGAUCCACGUUGGCCAGGUUGACGUUGCCUUGCCAUGUGCCACCCAAAACGAGGUUUCCGGUGACGAGGCUAAGGCCCUUGUUGCUGCUGGUGUCAAGUAUGUCGCUGAAGGUUCCAACAUGGGUUCCACCCAAGAUGCCAUUGACGUUUUCGAAGGUGAACGUUUGGCCACCAAGUCCGCCUCUGCCCCAGCCGUCUGGUACGCCCCAGGUAAGGCCUCUAACGCUGGUGGUGUCCUUGUCUCCGCCUUGGAGAUGGGUCAGAACUCUCAAAGAAUCCAAUGGACCUCUGAGCAAGUUGACUCCGAGUUGCACAAGAGAAUGAUCAACUUGUUCGAGGAGUCCAUCAAGUACGCCACCCAGUACUCCAAGGAGUCCAACAAGGAGUCUCUUCCAUCUUUGGUUAUGGGUGCUAACUUGGCUGGUUUCGUCAAGGUUGCCGACGCCAUGUUCGACCACGGUGACGUCUGGGCUUAGACAAGGUGCUAUACAUAAAAAGGGAUACGUCUUCUGUAUAAAGAUUUAAUGACUGUUUGGAUUUUUACGUCUGGUUUUAUUACUUGAAGCCUGUAGACUAGAUGCC